AUGCGAACUGCUACUUUGGAAGAAAUGCGAGUGGCUGCAACUGGAAAUGUUAAUAUGUCUAGUGAAGUUAGUUCUUCUCUAACUAUGUCCAAUUUAAAUCCAAAGACUAGAGGUCCAUUGGAUGAUUUUGUUAGUGCUCAAGCAAGACAAGCUACUUUGAACUCCAAAUGGAGAAAGGAGGAAAGGAAAGCAGUUUGUCAACGAAUUGGUAGAUUCUUCUUCUCAAGUGGUAUACCGUUUAACAUUGCAAAUGAUCCAUAUUAUUUGCCUAUGUUUGAAGGCACUGUAAAUUAUGGUCCGUGUUUUAUGCCUCCCUCAAUGCAUGAGUUGAGAACAUGGAUACUAAAAGAAGAGGUUACAAAUAUUCACAAGAUGUUAGAUGAGCAUAAGAAAUCUUGGAAGCAAUAUGGUUGUUCAAUUAUGUCGGAUAGUUGGUCGGAUGGAAAAAGUAGAUGCUUUAUCAACUUUCUGAUUAAUAGUCCUGCAAAUGAAGUUGGAGAAGCAAAUGUUGUUCAGAUAAUAGCCGAUAAUGGUUCGAAUUAUGUGAAUUUUGGAAAAAGAAUAAUGGAAACAAGGCCUCAUAUUUAUUGGACUCCAUGUGCAGCACAUUGCAUCGAUCUCUUGUUAGAAGAUAUAGGAAAAAUGAAAAUUCAUCCAGAUACACUUACAAAAGCAAAAGGAGUGAGUGUUACUCCUUUAGUGUCUGUUUUGAGAGAAGUAGAUUCGGAGGAAAAACCAUGUAUCGGAUACUUGUAUGAUUUGAUGAAUAUGUCCAAGGAAAAAAUAGCUAUGGAUUGUGGCUAUAAUGAAAAGAAGUAUGGUCCCAUAUGGAAAAGAAUUGAUGAUAGAUGGAUUAAACAACUCCAUCGUCCACUUCAUUCUGCUGGGCACUAUUUAAAUCCACAAUUGCGGUUUGAGGAAAGGUUUUCGAGUAAUUUUGAAAUAAAAAAAGGUUUGUACGAAUGUAUGGAACGAAUGUUGGAUUAUGAAGAGAGGUUUAAAGUGGAUGUUCAGUUAGAUUCAUAUGACCACUUGAGAGGGCAGUUUGGAAGUCAAAUAGCUAUGGAUUCUAGAAAAGUAAGAUCUCCUACGGAUUGGUGGAUGCGCUUUGGGGGUCGCUUUGGGGGUCAAACUCCAAAAUUGGCUAAAUUUGCAAUUCGUGUACUGAGUCUCGCUUGCAGUUCUUCAGGUUGUGAACGAAAUUGGAGUACCUUCGAGUAG